CUUCUCUACUCUCUCAAUCCUAAUUGCAACCCCCCUCUACCCUCUAUUUAUCCAGAAAAUCCAGCUACAACAUCAAACUGAAAAAAGAGAGAGAACAAAAUGUCCCUCGAACCCCUCGCCGCAACACCCCUCUUCCAGCCCCUUCGUCUUGGUGCAAUCACUCUGGAGCACCGCGUCAUCCUGGCCCCUUUGACGCGCAUGCGAGCCACCAAGGAAAGUGACGGUGUCUUCGUCCCCAAUGACCUGCUGGUAGAGUAUUACUCGCAGCGAGCGAGUAAGGGUGGCUUACUCUUGACUGAAGCUACACCGAUUGGGCGAUAUGUAGCAGGCUACCCCAACGUCCCCGGCAUCUUCACACAAAGCCAAAUAGCGGCCUGGAAGCGCGUGACGGACGCCGUCCACGCAAAAGGCGGCUUCAUCUUCUGCCAGCUCUGGCACGUCGGACGGGCCACCACGCCCGGUUUUCUGGGUGGGAAGACUCCGCUAUCUGCGUCUUCGAUCCCCAUCACGGGCAAGGCGUUGGAUGGGACGGAGUACGCGGAUCACCCGCCCAAGGCGAUGAGUACGGAGGAGAUUAAGGAGACUGUGGAGGAAUUCGCGAGUGCGGCGAAGAGGGCUGUUGAGGCGGGGUUUGACGGGGUUGAGAUUCACGGCGCAAACGGAUACCUCCUCGACCAAUUCCUCCACGACAACGUCAACACCCGCACAGAUGAGUACGGCGGCUCCAUCGCAAACCGCAGCCGAUUCCCCCUCGAGGUCAUCAAAGCUGUCACCGCAGCCAUCGGUGCUGAAAAAGUCGGCAUCCGUCUCUCGCCCUACAAUUACUUCCAGGACACGCGCGACUCGAACCCCAACGAGCACUGGUUGUACCUGUGUAAGCAGAUUGCCGGUCUGCCUGAGCAGAACCGCGUGGCGUACGUGCAUAUGAUUGAGCCCCGAUUUGACGAGGUGCUCGGUGAGAAGGAGAAGUUGGAGUCUCUGUCCACCACGACAGAGGGCAAGAAGGAGGCCUCCGAGGAUAUCAGCAAGGUGUUCUCUCUGGAUCGCUUCCACGAUGCCCUGGAGGGGGCCGGGAUCAAGUUCCUUGCUGCUGGUGCAUUCAACAGGGAUAAUGCCGUGCCCAAGUUGGAGAGUGGGAAGGCCGAUGGUAUCGUGUUUGGGAGGUGGUUUAUUGCUAAUCCUGACCUGCCGAAACGCUUGAAAGAGGGCCUGGAGCUGACCAAGUAUGAUCGCACGACGUUUUACGGGGCUGAGCCGCCGAGUAAGGGGUAUGUUGACUAUCCUUUCUACGCGGCGAAGAAUUAGAUUUUAGAUUUCUUGGUUUAGCUUUGCAUGUUGGUGUUGGGUAGAUUUCUUCAAUUCAUCAUUCUAUGAUGCAUAUACAGAUAACCACAGUAAUCGACAUAGAAAUUACCAGAAUUUACCACCAGGACUGCUCAGAUUCAUAAGAACUUUCAUAGCAUCAUGCACAAUCGCCCAUCGCACGAUCGCCAAUUGCUUCGCCAUGACAGCUGUUAGCCCGUUCGUGCUGAACUUGCCCGCCAUGGAUGACAGCUCCUCUAACGAGUUACAAGUCGUCAUACCGACCAGCAAGGCCGUCAUCUGGUUCUUCGCUUCUCUAUCCGUCAACGCCCUGUUACUACUGCUGCUGCUGCUACCCUCUGAAGCAGCAGUGCCAGCAGACGACGACGUCGGUAAAUGAAACGCCCAGCAACCCAACGUCGCCAAAUACAGACACCACGGAUAAUGGAACGCAUCGUUAUCAUCCCAAUCAUUCAGAUUCAUAACGGCAUCUUGCAGGAUCAAGCUCGCAUGACGUGCGACCUUCGCCGCGGACCGGGGAUCCUCGUUAACCCACUUCAUGACUGCUCGACGGGACCGUUGGACGUCGGAAUCCGUCACGACACGGCCUAGAAUGUGCGUGGCGCCCGCGAAGAUCUGGAGAUCCAGCACCUCCACGUCCAGCGUGAUCUGCGCCGUGUGAUACAAGGCAUGCGCGGAGGUCUUGUGGCCCGUGAACGCGCGCAGAUCCGACAGCACAUUGAGCUUCAUAUUCAUGCAGUCGGCGUCAAAGUCAGCCUUCCAGAGGUCCAGGGAGCGGCUUAUUCGCGCUUUCCAGGCGCCGACUAGAUCCGGAGACUCGACGCGCAGGGUGGUCUGGUCGCGGCGUUUCAGGUCCGAGGCGAUGGACAUGAGGCCG